CGCUGGGGGCGCUGGUGUUUCCUCCAUUCAAACAAAUAGGAGAAGAAGAAAGCACAACACGUGUUGUUUCUCUCAGAGUGCUCGGCGUGUGAUCAGGACUGUGAUCAGUGAACAGCCUGAAAUUAAAGUUUCAGUAUAAACUACUUUUGAUCAGACAUGACAAAAACGAAGAAGGAGAAGCUUCCUGUGGACGGAGAGGAGGUCUCGGCCGCAGACGGACCGGAGAGGUCUUACCAGGACCUGAUCGCCAACGUGAACCCGAUCGCCCAACCUCUGGCCUCCAAAAAACUCAGCAAGAAGCUCUACAAAUGCGUCAAAAAGGCUGCCAAAGUGAAGAACAUCUGCAGAGGAGUCAAAGAAGUCCAGAAGUUCAUCAACAAAGGAGAGAAGGGGAUCGUGGUGUUGGCUGGAGACACGCUGCCCAUCGACGUGUACUGUCACCUGCCCGUCAUGUGUGAGGACAGAAACCUGCCGUACGCCUACAUCCCAUCCAAAGUGGAUCUGGGUUCGUCUGCGGGCUCCAAGAGGCCGACGUGUGUGAUCCUCAUUAAACCCCACCAGGACUAUCAGGAGUCGUACGACGAGUGUUUGGAGGAGGUGAGCGUCCUGCCCAAACCUGUGAGACGUCAGCCAAUCAGGGAGUACCUCUGGGUCUUCAGCCAAUCGGGGAACAGCCCUGAGGUCACCUUCCUCUACACGUCUCCUCCGUAUAUUCUGUGUCAACACCUGAUCUCUGAACUCUGGAAGUGUAAAGAAGGAGGUUCAGUUGUUGGAUCCUGGCGCUAACAGUUCUUUGUGCUAAACAGUUUCCACCGGCCUCCAUUCUUUGUGCUAAGCUAGGUUAACGUGGUCCUGGAUAGUGAGUGUGUAGACGUCAGAGCGAGGAGGUUUAAAUAAAUCUGAGUUUCUUUAUGUCAGAGUGUAAAGAAACACUCUCAGAUCUCUCUCUCUCUCUCUCCUGCAGGAUGACA